UCUCGGCACACGUGUCUGGGACCCACGUCUCAGCACGUGCGCUGCGCCGGGGACUGCGGUGCCUGUCACGUGACCCCACUCACCUCCAACCCUUCCUCCCUCCCCUUUUAGCCUCGCGGGGAAGUAGACUGCCGGUCUGUCCGCUGUGAGUCGCCAGUCGCCAGUCCGCACUCCCCAGCUGGCUCUUCACCAGUCGCUGCAGCCUUUCCGCCCUCUUUCUUUAUUAUUAUUAUUAUUAUUAUUAUAUUUUUUUCUUCUUUUAGUUUUAGGAAGGAAAGAGAAGAAGGCGGCCUACUUCCCCACCUUCCAUUGGGGAUCGCUUAUUAAUAGAGUAAGAAGGAAAGAGUUCGGAUACUGUCUGUCCUUCAAACCAAGGAGGGAGGGAGGGGGAGAGAGAGAGAGAGGGGGGGGAUGGAAAACGGAGGAGAGGCCGCGAAAAGUGGCGGACAGGGGGCACCGUCGUCCUGGGAUAUUUGGGAUCUGGGGAACUGGAGUUCCGCCGCCAUCACCGCCGCCCCUUCGUCCUAUAACCCCCACGCCAUCGCCUUGUCCGCCACCGCUGCCGCCUCCUCCUCCUGCCCUCCAUUCGCCUUCCACGCUGCCAUGGUCCCCGCUGCCCCCGGGGACCACCUCGCCCAGGGCCAGCGGUACGGCCCCCACCACCACCAUCUCACGUGUUUGAAGCUCGGCAAGAGGCAGUACUAUGGGGAGGAGGGGGUCGCCGGUGGCGGGAUCAAGAGGGAGAGGCUGUCGUCGAAUCCGGCUGUGGGGGUGCCGAGAUGCCAGGUGGAAGGGUGCAACAAGGCGCUGGGGGACGCCAAGGAUUACCACAAGCGGCACAAGGUGUGCGAGAUGCACUCCAAGGCCCCCAAGGUCGUCGUCCUCGGCGCCGAGCAGCGCUUCUGCCAGCAGUGCAGCAGGUUCCAUGUGAUAUCGGAGUUCGACGACGCCAAGAGGAGCUGCCGGAGACGGCUGGCAGGGCACAAUGAGCGCAGGAGAAAGAGCACCAAUGACUCCAUUAAAAACUCUUCUCUAGGAUGGUACGCUGUUGUAGCCUAGAGGUUUUUUUAAGUUGGUGCAAGGGCAGAGAUUGGAGCACAUGCUUGUAUAUCUAUGUUCGUUUUGGAUUUGUCUUCUCUUUUGUUAUUCUUCUUCACAUCAGAUAUAUGAGCAGAAAUUGCAGUGAUCUAAUUAACCAGAAUAGACUUUGUUUAGAAUAGGUUUGAAACUGACUACGGACUGGCAACACAUCAUGAUGUCAUAAAAUUAUGGUUGCAUUUGGAAACUCAAGACUUGUUCCAUUAAGUACAUAACUUCCUACUAUUGUACCACUGAAAGCAUACAAGAACAAAAAGAAUCCUUUAAUACCAUCAUCUCUAUAUCUAAAUUUGACAAACAAAUUCAAAUUCUCAAUGUUUUCCUCUUGCUCGCCAUCGACUAGAUGGUGCUAGAAGGAAAUUAAAAUAGAAUUAUGUUUCCUUUGAAAUCAUUUUUCUAAGUUAGAACUAGUAGAAAGAUGGAGAAAAACAUAGUCAUGAUUACAUCAUAACUUCCUACUGUUGUACCACUGAAAGCAUAUAAGAACAAACAGAAUCCUUUAAUACCAUCAUCUCUGUAUUUAAAUGGACAAACAAAUUCAUAUUCUCAAUGUUUUCCUCUUGCUCGCCAUCGACUAGAUGGUGCUAGAAGGAAAUGAAAAUAGAAUUAUGUUUCCUUUGAAAUCAUUUUUCUAAGAUAGAACUAGUAGAAAGGUGAAGAAAAACAUAGUCAUGAUUACAUCAUAAGCUGUUAACAAGAGAUAUUCAAUUAUUGAUCAUUUCCAAAUUAAGUUGCAAUUUCAUCCACAAAAGUAUGCAUGCAAAUGUACAUAUAUUUGUAGUACAUAUACCCGUAUGUUAGUAUGCAUGCACACUAUUGUUCAUCCACAUAAGUACUUUUAUGUAUUGAGAGGUCAAAGACUCUGAAUCUGCAGCCCGAAAUAACUUGUUUAAGAUUCAAAAAAUUACCACUUGUGAAACAUUGAGAGGCCUCCAGGGGAGAACCUUUCAAAUAUAAAUGAUGAGUAAAAUCCAACAUAAAUAAAACUUGGAGGCACUUCUACGGUCGAACAUAAAAUGCUGGACACUGUGACAAUGACUCAAAAAACCUUUUAGAAGUUUAGUAAAGUCAAUCACCUGCACAAUCGAUAGAUGAUGCUGGUUCAAAAUGGUCAUUAUUACUAAUGCUAGGCGCUCUGAUUUGAUUGUUUGUUACUUAUUAGCAAGAUCAUGACGGACAGUGGAUAUGAAAGCAUGGUUCUGCAUGUGGUUUAAACACUGAAACUUCAUUGAAACUUCGAAACUGAAACAGAAAACAUUUUGGUUGUGUCUGGUAAAAAUCUGAAAUUGUGGCCAGUUUGGGGGUUUUGAUCUAGUUGGCGCUAGUGCGAGAAUUUUGAUUGAAUAUAACUUAUUAGGCUAAAUUCAUUGGACAUAUGAGCCAUCUAUGCCUGAUUAUUCCUCAUUCUUCAUUUCUUUACAAUAGAAUUGAAUUUUCAUUUCUUCAUUUUCAUUAAAGUAAGAUUUUAUGAGCUUUGAGAAGAUUUUGCAGUAUUAUAUUCUAAAAAUAAUUAUAGAAAAGUGAAACUUUUUAACAUAAUUUGCUACCAAAACUCAAAUCUCAUUGAUGUUAGAUUUUCCAUCAAACCAAAAAGAACUUGACAUUCUACAUUCAAAUACUGUCUAAUAUUAUAUUAGUAAAAACUUUAAUAUGUCUGUGGAAAUUUAUAGGAACAAUAUUUCCAAAUAUCUUGGUUAAUAUAUAUUUUUCAGACAUCAUUAGGGGUGUGUGGUUGCAUACAAUGAUGUUUAGAAAAUGGCAACUUUACUGGUGUGACGCUAUGCUUUGAUUUGACUUAUAGUCUAGAAGAAUUCAAAUCAACUGAAUUUUGAUUAGUAUGUGUUUUAUUAUGUUCAGAUCAAGGUCACAGUGAGAAUUUUAAUUUUGAGUGGGCCAUUAUUGAUUUUUCUUUGGGAAUGGGAAAAAUGCUCUCAAAAGCAUUCUAGCUUAUUACUAUCUCUCAGCCAACCGCUCUAUCUAAAAUUCUUUUAUUCUCUUACUUUUUCGAAGUUUUUAAUUUAUUUCUUAAUAAUUUCCAUUUGAAACUAUUAAAACUAGUGCAGAAACUGUUAAAAUUGUCAAAAUUGCAAAAGUUAAAGUUCAUUUUCUCUACUAAUUGGUAACCAAGUUUCAAAUCUUGUGCAACAAUAAUUGAACAGGUAACCUGCUUAUAUCACUAGUCUCUAAGGAAAAAAUACCAUGCUAUUUUGCAAAUUGGGAGAACAUAAUGUUCCAUAGUUAGAUCAUAUUCCCAUGUUAUAAGAAAAUAAAAUAUAUUAAAGAGUUAUGGAUAUCUUAAUUUUGUGGUUCCCACCGCAUGAAUACGUGACAGAAGCAAUAGUGUACAGAACUAACAAGGAGGAACAAUUAAAUCAUUAAUGCAAAAGCAUAAUGCACACAAAUUUUUGUUUGUUACACAAUCAAUUUCAUAGAUUAAUGAAAAAGAAACAUGACGACUUCAAGAUAUGCAUCCUAUCGGGCACAGCAACAGUUAUUUAUCGAGUUAAUAUCUUAGAAAAGGUUUAAUUAGGGAUAUAGGAAUUUGCCAGAAAAAGAGUGGUAGUAGUUAUAUUUUUUUUGCUUCUUGUUAUUUUUGAAUUCCUUCUCCAAGAGGAUUCUUACGUGUAACAUGAUGCCUAUUUGUAAUAGGAGAUAUAUGAUAAGAGGCUACGUACUUUAGAUUGAAUUGUGUAAGAUCUAAAGGCUUUAAAAGUAGGUUUCGAAGGGUUAACAUAGAAUUAUUUGCACUUGUAAACAAGCAAAGAAUUGACUCAGUCCUUCACUUUUUGUGAGAGAAUGUAAUAUCUGUUUUUAAAGGCCGGUUGGUUACAAGUGACAAGUAUCAUCAAGUGGUUACAACCAUGGAAUAAUGUGGCUAGAAGAACCUUGUAUUAAAUUGUUACACCAAUUAUUUGAAUUUCAAAUCAGGUUUUAUUAUCCCUAUUCUUAACAAUUUGGAAUUCCAUUCUAAUCCAAUUUUUAAAUAUCUUCAUCUCUUGUGUUAAAUUGUUUCUUUAGAGAAAGUAAUCAACCUUUUCUUGGGUCAUGAUCAGACCCCUUGCAUUUUUGUUUUUUUUUAAAAACAGUGGUUUCCUUCCUUUUCCAUACACAAAUUUCUUUUGGAGAGCAUCUCCUAUCAAUAUGAGGUUCUUCUGUUUUCUAUUGUAUGACAUUACCUUUCUCUUCAGGAAAAUCUGGUCUGUGUUUUUUUCUGGGAAAUGUAGUGGAAGUGCCACCAUCCAUGUUCAAAACCAGACCUUAGUUUUUUGAUACUUAAUCUUAAAAACAUUUUCAAUUUAAUUUUCCAGAUUUUGGUUGGACAAGUUCUCAACCGUUAAAAUUUUUUUUCAAACUUGUUCAUUAAAACCUUUACUCCCACAUUGAGAGAUUUAAUGCAAGAACAUUUAAUAGUUCCUCCACUAGGAGACCAUAGUUGAAUGUGUUGGCCUUUGGGCCACACGCUGUAGCACUCAGUUCAGUCGUGCCAUGCAUGUCUGAUGCAUAGCAUGAGCGAGGCCAGGCCGGGCACGUGUGGAAUCCUAUUGUUUUAACUGUUUUGACUAUUGUCAGAUUUAUUUUUAAUCUUUAACUAAAUGUAAGAAUUUUUGGGCUAGCAGUCAAGAGGUUUUUAUGGCCUGAUAUCUGGCAGCCCACUUGGUGCUUAUUGCUGUCUUCGAGAACCAGGAGGUUAGCCGUUAGGGCUGUUUCUGGAUGGACUUUCAAAAACUACAUACAUAUACAGAAAUGUAAAUGUGUCUUAAAUUAUUUUGUAUGCAUGCAUGUAUAGAGUGUAACACCCCCCUCUCAAGUCUACCUAGCUUCAUCUCUUUAUGCAGCCAAUAUUGUGCUCAUGGAUGACCGUACAUGAGGGACAAUAGGACCAAGUUGGAGAAGCAAAGGAAUGCUUCGCCUGAAUAUAAACACGAGAAGGCUGGUUUUGUUUUAUUUUCAAGAAUCACUUUCUCACCUGGUGAUCCCCCCAUGGCCAUAUUUAUAGGAAUAAGGGACAUGUAUCUAGCAUUUCUAGAAUAGAUGUUCUCUUUAGAACACUUCGAGCAGCUCACCAUAAGUUUGUAGACAAACCGAGUACCCUAAAAAGCCAGUCUGCUUGUUUCCAGGGAGAUUCAAGUCCCAAUUAAUUUCUUUUCCCAUUUUAGCGAAUGUAAGCAUUUCUUUGACUGUUUGUUUAUUCAAAAAAAAUUCUUGUAAGAUGGCUUUAAGAACCGGGGAAGCAGAGCUUGAUCAUAAACUUUAUCUUUAUGCACUCCAAUAAUUGAUGGGGAAUUUUUUUUUUCUCGUUUUCUCAAAUAUUUAAAUUUAAGGAGUUUCUUCGCAUUGUACUCUUUUUUUUUUUUUU